AACGGGGAUUGCCAGCGAACCUCGCAAGCCUUUGACGGGAUGCGAUUUUCCUAUGGCCUACGGGUUCUUGCCACUGUCAUGGUGGGAUUGUAUGGAGUUACUCCGUCCCGGGAUUCCGUGACCUUUCUCCACGAUAGUGUCCGUAGCUCCCCUUCAAGAAGGGUAUAAUAACCGCCAUUCCUCGAAGGUGUUCCAGUCCCAGAGCUCCCUCUAGAACAGCUUCUGUACUCCCUCAUCUCUCAAACCAGCCAGCCUUCUUUCCAAUCUCAGUCAACAGUCACAAUGUUCGGCCUGAAGCUCGUCGCCGCCGCAGCCAUCCUCGCCCAGGGAGUCCUCGGCGAAGGAAUCCACUUGCUGAACUGCCGGCCCUUUGGUGGUGCCGGCGUGUCCCAGACCUGGCUCUCCAUCGUUGCGUACUGCGCGAAUGACGCCGACUGCAACAGUCUGCAGUACAGCAUCCCCGACCAGGACGCCUGCAUCGUGUCGAGCUCGGGCACCUCCGAGAGCUACCACCACUGGGAGGGCAGCAGCCAGAGCUGCACCUUCUCGUCGACUGGCGUGACCUUCCGCUGGAAUAUCCCCGGGAAUGCUCAAUCCCAGCCCAACUAUUCGUCGGUCGGUACCGGGUCCAACGGCUUCAAGACGUUUGCCGGGUUCAAGGACGACCACUCGCCCAGUGCCAGCUACAGCUACCACAGCUGCGAGAAGAUUUACUACUAUGUGUGAGGUGCCGGAAGUGUGGGAGUUCUCUGGCUUUGUCACAGCAUGAAGACUUUAAGUCCAUGGGUCAAACGUAAAUACUAGUACGGCAUAGGGUUAGAAACAGUU